UAUCCGUGACAAAUUGUACCCUCUGUAAGUUGCGAUAAGCGCUAAAAGUUCUGUUCAGUAGCACGAGCGAAGCUCCGACCUGUCAUAGUUCGCGAGGUAGGGGUAGAAUUCACUUGUACCAUUCGCGAUGGAAGAGUUAAGCUGGUGGAGAAGGGUGUGCUCGAGGUUGGCGCCCCACGGCGCCGCGCUGUCUGUGCCCGUGCCCGUGCCCGUCCCGUGGGGCGAGGCGCUGCUGGAGCCGCGCAGCUGGGCGACGCACGGGGUGCGGCGCUGCUGGCCCUGGGCGGCGCGCCCGACGGCCCGCGCACGCGCCACCGCCAGAGCGGCGCUUGCCUGGCGCGGCCACGGCCACGCCGAGGUGGCCGCCGUCCUGCUCGCGGCGGGCGCCGACCCCGCGCGGAGGACGCCACGGGCGCGACGCCGCUCGCCCGCGCCGCCGCCGCGGCCACCACGCCGUCGUCGCCCUCUCGCCGCUGCGCGCCCGAUGGCGUUCGGCACGGAGGCCGCGGCCCGAGCUCUUCGCCUGGCAGCGCUGAACGGCCACGCCCACGCCGUGCGCGCGCUGCUGGAGGGCGGCACCCCGGUGGCCGCCCGCGUGCACGGCUACCCCUCCGCGCUGUUCGCCGCCGCCAUCAGCGACCCCUCGUGCCUCGCGGAGCUGCUCGACGCAGGCGCUGACCCGCACGAGGUGGACGCCGAGGGCCAAACCGCGCUGCACCACGCGGCCGCCGCCAACCACCUCUCUUGCGCGCGCCUGCUGCUGGCGGCCGGCACCGACCUGCACGCGCGCAGCCACAACGGCCUCACGGCCUUGCACCUGGCGGGGACGGACGUCGUCCGCCGCCUGCUCCCGCCCCGCGUUCGCUCGCCCGUCGACGACAUGGACGGGCCCUUCGAGGUCGCCUCUUGCUUCGGGGCUGCUGCGGCCGCGCGGCCGCUGUCGUGACACUCAUGCCUUUGAUCGGAGACGUGAUGUAGCCCUGCCGCCCGCCCGCCCGUACGAGUACUUGGCUCAAUCUUGACAUCCGGCGCCGCGGCGACUGACUACGCUCGCGCUGCUACACAAUGCAACGGGAGGAGACUUAAAAUGACUACGAGCGAACCAAGACUGCCUCGCGACUUUUGUAAGGUUAUAUUUUUACUUACGAGAGGAGUACUAGACAUGACCGUUUUGCAUGCUUGUUUUUGUGUGGUCACCUUUAGUGUUCUCAAAGGAAAACAAAUGACGUAGCUUCGCUUCGCGAAUUUGAAUCUACAAUAUACUAAAUUUUAUGCUUAAACUUGAUUAAUUCCUUUCCUAAACCAUAAUUUCUAAAAUAGUUUUAAGCGUGUGUUUUGGUAUUCUUGCUGCGAAUUAGUUAAAUUUUAAAGUUUUAGGUUUUGUAACAAAACUCUCCGUUUUGCCUUCCUAACGAAAAUGUUGCUUUUGUGCAAUAAAUUAAUAUUUUAUAAAAUUUCCGGUUAAAUUAGUAUUUUUUUAUUCUACCCUUGUUACGUAAUUUGUUUACUGUCUACGACCAACUAUAUUGUAGUAGUGGUAAAUGUUUAAAUAUGUUAUAAAUAAAUGCAUUCAUAUAAAUUUGAAAUAGAUAAAUUAUCCACUUUGUUUUCGUUUCGUAAUUAUUUUUCCAACGGUUUGAAUUUUACUCAAUUGCUUAUAGGUAUGAGGAAAGCUUUCACCUAAUGACAGGAACCAAAGUAAAUGCCUCGAAUAAGAAUUGUUACAGAAAUUCUUCUACGGCAACAGAUGUUAUCUUCCUGUGCUGGAUGUCCCAGUGCAAACAUUAAGCGCUGGGAAUACUUGCUGGGUUGGCUUACUUCACUUUGGAACAUACUGCGAAUAAAGAUGGUUAUACUUUCAUGGUAAGGCCAGCUAUACUUCCAGUAUAGAUCAUUAAUACAAAGAUAUUUAAAAAGAUGUCCUUUGUUUGUUACGAUCCUAAUAUUGAAAGGGACUCAUCAGGAUAAAGCCAAGCAAUCUCAAAAAUUUCAAGUCCUUUGUCUUAGCCAAAUUCGUCAAAUACACUUGUUUUAAUGAAGGCAAGAUUUCUUUAAUGACGUUAAUUCGCGGAAGUUCGUUGUACUUAUUGAGUUUGCACACCGAUAACUAUUGCAAACAUUUUUUCCUGUCUUGAUUUCAUUUAGAUUCUAAUGAUUCAUGCGGAGAAACUUCUGUGAAUACAGAUUUUUUGCACAAACAUUUGUUCUAAAAUUGUACCUAGAAAGAAAUAUUAUAUAGGGAUGUUGAAAUUAAAGACGUUAGCGGUACUUUAUACUAUAUACAAUCUAAUCAAUGAUUGUUUAUUUAAAGUGAUUUGUUUGGUUUUGUUGUAUUUUCCCCUUCGGGGCAUCUGUAAAUGUUUAAGAGUCGGUUUGAAUACAUUAAAUAAGGCGAGACCUCGAACUAUAACUUGUAAGUCUUAAUUUAAAAGAAAUAGAAUUCAGGAUUUGUGGGAGACACGACAAAAAAAUAUUUUCAUGAUCUUGAAAGGGAAGCAAUAGGGUUCAACAAAGAACAGUAUUUAAUAAGGUCAUAAACAAUAAACUGUAAACUUUUUAGGAAGUUGAAAAUACAUGAACGCAAACCCCUUUAGUUUUUUUAAAAUAUUCACAUUGUGACGCACUGUGAACUAGAAAGUGUGAGAGAUUGACCUAUGAUGCAUGAUGCGUAUACAAACAUUCAUUAUAUUGGAGUAUAAUUUUCCCACUAAAUUGUAAAAAAGUUUAAAUGUGUGUUCAGGUGAAUCUUCUGAAAGGACUAGAGGAACAAGAAUUUAAGUCACUCGUAAAUAUGAUGCAUGAAAUAUAUUGACAGUUGUAAAAAUUGCAAUGUUCCAGGUGUAUUAUCAUUGUAUGUGGUUUUAACCUAUUCUAAUGAAUACAUUAGUCUGUAAUCUCGUUUAUUGUAUUGCAAUAUUUUUUACCUUAAUUAUAUUGUAUGAUUUUAGAGACUCAUUCAAUUAAUCAGUAACUGCAAAUGAUCAGCCCUACCCUCAUCCAUACUCUGAAAGACAAAGGCAUUUUACAGCUGCUGUCACAUGCAUGGGGAAGUAUAUUUCACCUCAUACCUUAGCUCCCUGAUAGAGUAUGGUAUCCAUCUUUAUCCUUUGUUCUCGAUUCUAUUUAUUACGUACAGCAGUAGAACAAUUUUAAAAAAAUAAUUUAACAAUUUUGUGCCAGCAAUAAGUUAAUAAUUGAAUAAAUUAGCUACAAGUGUGUUUUUAAUCAUUUCUCGCUGUUUCAAGGUUGAUAUAAGUUGUUGCAAUCUGUUUAGUUAUUUUGGCAUUUUUGCUGAUGGAUCCGUUUUUUGUAAUUAAGAAAUAUCGGAUAUUAAGAUUUAUUUCAAAAUAUGUAAUUAUUUUUUCGGAUUAAUUAUGAAGGAACAUGUUGCGUACUCACGUAAGUAAAAUAAGUUAUUAAUUUCUGAACUCAAAGCUUAAUUACACGAAAAGCAAAAAUUUAAGGAAACGGCUAUUCUAAUGAACAAGAUGAAUUUUAUAUAACCAUCGAUUUAAAAAUAGCGGAUUGUGUUCAAAAUCUCGGAAGUUAGUGUCCUGAGAAGUUGCCAUCAAAGCUUCCUUAGUAGAUAUUUAGAUCGGCCCACUACGCUGCAAAUCCUCUACUGUUUGGACUUCAAACC